GUGGGGCUAACGAAUGAGAGCUCCGACGGAAUGGCUGACGAGGGAGAAAAGAGUCCUCUGCUGAGCUCGCACGCUCACAGAGAUAACGAGCAGGCAGGAAAAGGGCUCGAAUGGACGCAUAAGAGGUCGUUCGCUAGCUCCUGCGGCAGCUGUGCACUCUCCGCGGCGACCCUCCCUCUUGCGCUGUUCAAGAGGAAGAAGAGUGAUGAGGGAACAUUUUCCUCUUCCCUGGCGGUGCUUCUGACAAGUCUGGGUGCUGUGGUUGGCACCGGCAACAUUUGGAGGUUCCCACGGAUACUGGGCACCCAUGCGGAGGAAGGGGGUGCCUUGUCUUUCCUGCUGGUCUGGUUCGCAUUCCUGUGGCUCUGGUCCAUUCCAAUUGUCCUCAUAGAGUAUGGAAUAGGUCGCUACACUCGCAAGGCCCUGAUUGAGUCAUGGGGAGCUCUCCUUGGGCCUUCGUACCGCUUCCUGGGCGCAUUCCCUGUUGUUGUCAGCUUCUGCAUCUCGUAAGACCAGGUUGAGGGGUUGGGAUACGCAUCUCAAAAAUGUGUGGGUUGUGCGUGCACAACUGCACAUGUGACUGCAUGUUUUGAUAUGAAUAGCAUUAAACUCUCAGGAGCUACUAUUCCGUUCUGGUUGGCUGGUGUGGCUAUUACUUCAUCAAAAUGUGUUCCUCCACUCUUCCUUCAAGUCUUGAUGCGUCUCUACAGAUCUGGAAUGACCUGCAGGGCAGCAACUGGCCAGUUUUGUGUCACGGAGUUGCCAUUUUGUUGGCCUCUCUUUCUGUCAGCAGAGGAGUGUCUACCAUUGAGCUUGUCAACAAGGUGAUAGUACCAAUCCUGCUGUCUAUUGUGGUUCUGUGUUUCUAUUGGGCGAUAUUCCUGCCCUAUGCCGCGAAUGGAAUCAUCCACCUCUUCUCUCCGUCCUGGGAGAGCCUGAAGGACUCAAAGCUAUGGAUUGAUGCUGCAUCUCAGAAUGCCUGGGACACCAGUGCUGGCAUUGGUCUGUUUCUCACGUACGCCACGUUCAUGAAGAGGACACAGGGUGCAGUUCGGCUGGGCAUGCUAACUCCUUUCUUCAACAACAUUGUCAGCUUGCUUUGUGGAAUCACGGUCUUCGCCACAGUCUUCAGUGUCCAGUACCAGGAGAACGUGCCUCUGGCUGAGGUCGUCGAGACUCUCAAGACUAACGGAGAGGCAAACACUGGACUUACAUUCAUCUGGAUGCCAGUUCUGUUUGACAACAUCGGCAGUGGAGGUCGAUUUCUGGCCAUUGCCUUCUUCUUCUGCCUCUCUCUGGCUGGCCUCUCGUCCCUCAUUUCUCUUCUUGAACUCUCCAUCCACACCAUCACUGACUUUGGAGUUCGCAGGAUACCAGCCACCAUUGUGAUUGGAGUGAGCUCUUUUCUCCUCGGAACUGCCUCUGCUCUUGACCUGUCAGUGCUUGUCAACCAAGAUGCUGUGUGGGGGUAUGCCCUCAUUCUCUGCGGCUGCUUCCUCAUCUUCCUCGUUUUUCGCUACAACAUCAUUAAAUUCCGUCGGAGGCUCUACCUUCAGUUUGGUGUGGGUGACUGGCCUCUUCCCUGGGUGUGGGUGGUUGUCAUGUUCAUAGCACCGUUGGAGGGAGUUGUGCUGAUUGUCUGGUGGAUUGUUGACACCAUCCGAACCGACCCCAGCUGGUGGCAGCUCUCAACUGAAAGUCUCGCCAUGACUCUCUCACAGUGGGCAGGAGUUCUGCUGGUUACGAUUGGUCUGAAUUGGUGGCUCCUCCCACACACCAUCUCCCCUCCCUCCAACCCCCUCCUCAGGAGGCUCCUUGGUACCCUCGUUAUUUACCAUGACAACAGGGGUACCCCCCCACCUGAAGCCGAUCCACCAUCAUCAACACUAACUAAAGAGCCGCCAGUCGAUUUACAGACUGUUCGUAAAGAAAAAGAACCCUCGCCCAUUACCAUUGAAGAUGUU